UAGUACCUUCACAGCUGUGAUUUAUUUUCCAUUUUCUUAUUUAAGGUGUUUUGCUGAUGAGAACCAGUAGGGGACAGAGUGAAGUGUGACCUGUUCAUUGUUCAGAAGAGUGGUUGCCUUUGCUCCUGUAUCUGAGUUGUUUAGUCCAUUGCCUGAGCCUCAACCAAGUAUGAGAUCUCCCAACUGCAGGGUCUCUCCUUCUUCAUAUUGCAUUUCCCAAAUACUUUAUGACAGAAUAAAAUGGAGAGGAAAACCCGAAAGAAACCAACUUAGCAAGCAUUUUAUUGGGAGUCCCAUUAAUUUCAAACACCUGUGUCAUGUGGAAUGGAGCCCCCAAACUGGUUUUGCUACCAACCUGGAUCCUGAACUAAAGGUGAUAUUUGCUGAGGCUGGUAUAACCGAGGAUCAUCUGAAAGACAAGAGAACUUCAAAAAAGAUUUUUAGAACUAUCGAGAAACGAGGGGGUGUAGAAACUGUGCUGAAAGAAGCUAAGACAAAAGGUUUACUGACCAAAUCACUUGAUCAUCCUUUGCUUUGUUCUGUGCCUCCCACAGAGCUGGGUUUCAUUUACAACCCACAAAAUGAACCAGAUUACCAAGGGCCAAGCUCAGUGCAUGGCCUAAAUAAUGUCCCGGCAGAGCCUUUUCCCACACCAAAAGCAUGCAGUGCUGAUAUUCCUUCAGUUGUUAUAUCUCCAGUACCUUCUACUUCUCUCCUCAAAAGAUCAUCUCAACAUAGUUUAAUCCAAAAUCUGAAGGAAGCGCAGCUGAAAAGGGCCAGCAGUGACAAUUCACUAACUCCUUUUAAGCAAGAUGCUCUGAUGUACCAGAUCAGAGGAAGAACUCAGCUGAAACAAGUGUCUCACAAACCAGCAUCUCCCAGUAAUGGAGGAAUAGUAGCUGCACUUAAGGAUGUAAUUCAGAAGAGACACAAGGCAAUGCAUGUCUCAGAUAAUGAAGAAUCUGAUGUGGAGAAUGGAGAUGAAUGGGAUGAUUAAAGUACUGUAUUAUUACUGUCAAGAGGAGAAAGUCAGUGUCGUAACUACAACUAAUGUUUUAAUGCAAAACGUUAAUAUUUUCUAGAAUCUUGGAGAUUUAACACCCCCACGGAUGUUCUAGACAUGUAAGAGAAAGUGUUAUUUUUUUAAAUAAAGUUCAAAUUACAAAAUAC